GCCGUUCCAAGCCACCCGAGAUGGGAUCGCCACUGACGUUCUCGCUUUGGGUUUAGCUUGUCUGGUUGGGAGGGCUCCAACGUGCGGGUACGACUCCUCACCCCGGCCAGCUGAAAAAAACACCCUUGUUAGUUGUCCGCAUCUCUUCCACUCUCGUUGGCUGCAAUAGAGAUGCGCAGCAAAGAGAGUUCCGUUUGGUUGUGGUGUCAUCAUCCCUUGGGGAUGGGGGUUGACGCAAGCCAGGUCCAGACCGUGUGCUUUCGUUACUUCCUUCAAAUACGCGAGGCGGCCUAGCCUGGGCUACAACUUUUUUGCGUGCUCCUCGCAUCGUCAUUCUGUGAGCAUUCCAAGCCAAGCCACCCACGAAGCUGGCGACCUGUUGAGCUCUGCCAUUCCACGCAAACGGCUCGGGCGGUAUAAACAUUCGAACAAAGGGCGUCUUGUUGUUGUCAUCCAAUUUAAUACAUAAGCCCGUUUGGAGAACUCCCCCAUCCUCCUUUUUCUCUGCCUUGUACACCCCAUCCGGCGGCCCGACCUCCCAUCUCACUGUCCCCAGUAAGGAAAAGACAACCAGAAAACCUCUCGCGUAAGCGCAGCAACCGUCAAGAUGGUGGUCAUGAAGGGGAACUUCUGGAACUUUCGCGGCGACGACGGCCUGGACCGUUCGCACGUCCCGCCCACGCCCAUCUGGAUCGCCAUCAUCCGCGUGGUGCAACUGCUGUUUGCUCUCCUGACCCUGAUCCUGGUCGCCGUUGGCGCCUCGUACUUCGGCUCCUCUUGGGCAAGCGUGGGGAUCGCGGCCUUCACCUUCGCCCUCACACUGAUCCAUAUCGGAUGGCUCGCAAUCAGCAUCCUCGCGUUCCCCAUCGCCUACAACUACUGGGCCCAGCUCGGCGUCGAGAUCGCGUGCGUCAUUUUCUGGCUUGCCACCUGGGCCUCCCUUGCCGCCGACGGGAGCGCGCUUGGUACAGUCCGGGGCUACCGCGAUGCCGCCCAGUACAACACGGCUGCCGGCUGCAUCAAGGGUGCUGCUGGUGUCGGGGCUCUGACGUGGCUCCUCUUCGUCGCCACCCUGGUCUUCUUCGUGAUCUCUCUCAUCCAGUAUCGCAAGGCCAAGGCCCCCGCCGCCGGCACUACCGGCCCCGAGGCCGGCGAGCCCAAGCCCGGCCACGAGCUUUCCCAGGUGUCCCAGCAGCCCCAAGCCGCGUACGCUCAGCCGGACCAAUAUGGGCAACAGGUCCCACCCCAGCAUGGCCAGACCGGAUAUGUUGAGCCCAACCAGUACGGGCAGCAGAUUCCGCCUCAGCAGCAAUACCAGCAGCAGCCGUACCAGGGAGGGCAGCCCCAAUAGGCGUGGGGCGCUGAUGGUUGGUGUCCUCGGCGACUCCGGCUGAUCGCUUGACGCAUUGUCUCAAAGACUGCAGUACGAACGAGCCUGGAGCUGCUGUCUCGGCUCCUGGCACUCGUACCUUGUGGCAGUAUACCGCACUUUGAUAUCCUGCCGCUAUUUUCUUGAUACCCUUCUGUUUCUUUAGUGGUGUAGGAGGCGGCGACGGUUCAUUUGAUUUGUUUACAUGAAUUGGUUGUCUGCGAUUUUGGUGGUUGCUCUCCUCGGUUCUUGAUUCAUCCAUGUUAGUGUUAAUCAAUGGUGGCUUUUGAUCUGGCUGGAACUCUUGCCAGUGUUUCAUCAAUACGAAGUGCGAGCGUCAUGGCCAGAAUAUGGCUAUAUUGACGGUAAUCUCCGUGCUUUGGCUCGAUGCCAUCAGACAUGAGAAAAGGAAGAACAACCACCCAGAAAGACAAGGCUUGCCGAAAACAAGAGUAACGAGUCCUCCAGAAACUGAUUACGCUCCGCCACCAUGAAUCGAAACAGAGCAAUCCUUCUUUUGUUGUGUGCACAAGGCCGAAAUUAGCGUGAUGAGCGACUGGCCUCUGAUAUCC